AUGACAACAAUGGAAGGGGCCAGCGGGUCGAGUUUUGGGAUAGACACGAUUCUGUCCAGUGCCAGUUCGGGCAGCCCCGGCAUGAUGAAUGGAGAUUUCCGCCCGCUCGGCGAGGCGAGGACCGCGGAUUUUAGGAGUCAGGCCACCCCGUCCCCCUGUUCCGAGAUCGACACCGUAGGAACGGCGCCUUCCUCUCCCAUCUCGGUCACCAUGGAGCCCCCGGAGCCGCAUCUGGUGGCGGACGGGCCCCCGCACCACCACCACCUGCACCACAGCCAGCCGCCGCCGCCGCCGCCCGCCGCGGCCCCCGCGCAAAGUUUGCAGCCUUCGCCGCCGCAGCCGCCGCCGCCGCCGCCCGCGCAGCAGCUGGGCUCGGCCGCCUCAGCCCCGCGGACUUCCACCUCUUCCUUUUUAAUCAAGGACAUCCUGGGCGACAGCAAACCUCUGGCGGCGUGCGCGCCCUACAGCACCAGCGUCUCCUCUCCCCACCACACCCCGAAGCAGGAGGGCGCCGCCGCGCACGAGAGCUUCCGGCCAAAGCUGGAGCAGGAGGACAGCAAAGCCAAACUGGACAAGCGGGAGGAUUCCCAGGGCGACGUCAAAUGCCACGGAACAAAGGAGGAAGGAGACCGGGAGAUUACGAGUAGCCGAGAGAGUCCCCCUGUGAGAGCCAAAAAGCCUCGCAAAGCCAGGACGGCUUUUUCUGACCACCAGCUCAAUCAACUGGAGCGUAGCUUUGAGCGGCAGAAGUACCUGAGCGUGCAGGACCGCAUGGACCUGGCAGCUUCGCUCAACCUCACUGACACCCAGGUCAAGACCUGGUACCAGAACCGCAGGACCAAGUGGAAGCGGCAGACGGCGGUGGGCCUGGAGCUGCUGGCCGAGGCGGGGAACUACUCGGCCCUGCAGCGGAUGUUCCCGUCGCCCUACUUCUACCACCCGAGCCUGCUGGGCAGCAUGGACAGCACCACCGCCGCCGCGGCCGCCGCCGCCAUGUACAGCAGCAUGUACCGGACUCCCCCCGCACCCCACCCGCAGCUGCAGCGGCCCCUGGUGCCCCGCGUGCUCAUCCACGGCCUGGGGCCCGGGGGCCAGCCGGCUCUCAACCCUUUGUCCAACCCCAUGCCAGGCACCCCGCACCCCCGGUGA